AUUUUGACCUGUCAAAAGUAUCUAACUGAUCUGCCUGAGUUCUGUGCAUCGACAUCAAUCGACAUUCAUACGUUGCUGAUACAACAAAAAUGUAUUAUCGGGCAAAAUAACGGGCGAGCGAAUGUGGAGCAAGUGGUCGAUUGGUCAUAACAGGAGUUGUGACUGAAGCGAUUAAGAAAUUCAACGCAUUUCCGAAUCGCUGUAGUGUCAAUCGACCUGAUCUCCCGCUUUGCUCGCCCUGAAAUGCCAGUUCCUUAAAUUACCUCUGCCUACUCUUGGACAUCUUUGAGAACUUAAAAAAUGGCAACAGACGUCGAGGAGUCGGACACUGAUGAACACGAGCGUCCUGCUCCUUCGAAACGACCACGCACUCGUUUUCUCAAUUCUGAUCAUUUCCGAUCAUCGGAUCGAGAACAGCCUAGUGAGACACAAUCAUCUGAGCUGUCAGAGAGUGAAGAAGCAGAACGUCGUGCACGCGACAAAUUGAAAAAAUGGCAAGCUUGCCAAGUAGCAAGGGGCUUUGUGGAUAACACAAUAAAUCAGUUACUGGAAAUCCAUACUAUGACUCCUGCUGCUUCUUAUUCUUUGGAAGAUCCACGAAUCCGAUUAUUUUGUGGAACUGAAAUGGAGGACACUGCAGUAAUGAUGGCAAUACAGAAUCAUGGAUUAGUGCAGUCAGCUGAAUUAGUACAAUCAGCACAAUCGUUUGGUUGUUACCAACAAGAUAUACGUUGCUUCUGCCCUGCAAAUCGGGAAACAAUUCCAAGCAUUGUGGUGGGUUCUGUAUCAAAUGAACCACAAUUAAAUGAACAUCAAGAUGAAAGUGUGCAACAGCAUGAUUUUCUGGAGCGUGCUGUAGCAGAAGCCAUUAAGAAAAAGGGACUUAGUGCUCUAAGCGUUGAAUAUGGUUGAAUCUUAACUGGUAUUGAAACUGCUUUCUUGGUUCACAUUAAAGAUGUUUCCAGAAUUUUAAUUUUCAUGGCAUGGUAAUAGCUUGUCCAGUGACGGCUCAUAAUUAGAUUGUUAUUUUAUUUGCCAGGUUCCAAGAGAUUCCUUUAACUAUUGAAGAACUGUAUAUGAAUUUAGAAUUAGUUCUUGCAAUAUCAGGAACACAAUGAUCAUUAGCUUCGACUACAAUGUGUAUUGUACCCUGACACAUAUACGAUAACAAUUGUGACCAAUAUUAUUCCUAAAUAUUAAUAAAAGUAUUGAGCUAAUACAA